AUGUUUUGGUGCCCUCAAAUCGGCAACCCGCUUCUCGUCAUCACGAGAAUCCCAGUCGAACUUCUGCCCUCAAGCCAUCGGGAGUUCGUUGUGCCCUUCGUUUGUGUAAGUGUGAAGGAUUGUCAAAAGCGUGACCUGGUCGAAGGCCGUUACGAUAAAAAUCAAGAGUCUGGAAGUUGGAAUUCACUCAUACUCCCUCCACAGGAGGACAAAUCCACGGGAUUCACUUACUACUAUAACGCGGCUUCACCACGUGUGCCGUCGGCCCCUUGCGGUGCCAGCUGGCAUCGUAAAUUGCGUGCGCGCGCGCGCGCUUUCAAGUGCGACGGAGGUGAGGGGGGGAGAGGAGAAGGGGUGCCGGCCUCUGUCCCGGUCUGCGACCACGUAAUUGAACCGCUAUUCCGGACCACCCCGAAGGGACACGCCCGGGGCGACCAGUGGCCCUCACCACUUCUGCUGAUGGACGGGCUGAAACCACGGCGGCCAUUUUUCACAUCACAACAUGCCUCUACACUUGGUCGAUCACGGAGCAAAGAACGGUCGGGCGAGAUGGGUUCCAAGCCUGCGUGCCCUGGGUGCGUUCCUGGUGCUCGGGUUGCCCGUUCAUCACGUUCUACGCACGAAACCGUGCCUGCGCACAUCUAUGCGCAGUUCAAUAUUCCCGCCUGCCCCCGCCAGUCAAUCCGCGUAGAUCUGCUCUUCGCCAAUUGGCUCAGUUUGCGGUGGACCAUGCGAUUGGCUGAAUAUUAUCGCAGGCGCGAAAUAACAGUAAAAAUAUCACCCAGGCGAUUUUUAACGCGUUUGCCGCGGACCAUGAAUGCGUGGUUUCCAUUCGGCUAUGGCAAUAAUAGUGGAGCAGCCGAUCCUAACACACAGCAAACUGCUGGAGAGCGGUCCUCGGAUGGAGCUUACGAUUCUUCAAUUUCUAGGACGCCUCAGUUUUGGGGACAGGUUACUAAGGAGACAAACGCUGAACAACAGAAUGCAGCCACAACAGUAACAACAACAGCACCGUUAAUGUCAGCCGCCGCGGCUGUGGCUCAGAGCUUCUUCAGCGGGGCAUCUGUCCAGUCGACAGCCCCUUUGAAUUCGCUCCUCACAGUGGCAGCUGCGAACCAGCACCAAGUGGCUCCUACGAGAGUUGAUAGUUUUGGGUCAUCUAGACGCUCCCCUGAGAGUUCUGCGCCGUCUGAGCAGAGUGUUCCCUCCCCCCAUCGGAACUAUUUUUCACCCACCCUCGAUGGCUACCAACAGGGAUUUCUUCAAUCUACAAUUCCUAGGGUUGAAACCCCAAAUCUACCACCACCUCCUCCGCCCCCACCGCCAAGUUACACCGUGGGAGGGAUACCUUCCAGUGGGGACUCAAACCCUGGAUCAAGCAUGUCCGGAAAUGUUGGAGGGUCUGUGGAACAGAUAUGGCCUUGGAUGACCGUAGUUGGUGAGUGA